GGCGAUAUCGCUCCAAAAAGCAGCAGUCCAUAUUGUCCACGGCAAUUCCUCGACGUGGGCUCUGGCUGUGGUCAAGUGACCAUGAAGAUCCUUCUGCCCAACGUUCCAGACAAUGUAGAGAGAAUUGUAGGGGUGGACGUGUGCGCAAACAUGGUUUCCUACGCCCGGGAGCACAAUUCUCACCCAAAGCUAGCCUACGAGCAGCUGGACAUAACAGGAGACGUCUCCGAGUUCCUCAGCCUGUACGGACCUUUCGAUCGGCUCUACUGCUUCAACAGCCUUAACCGCGUGAAAGACCAGCUCACGGCAUGGAGAAACAUGGCCAAGCUACUGAAGCCUGGUGGAGAAUGUCUUCUGUUUUACGGCGCUUGGUACGUGACACCUGAGAUUUGGAGGGCAUUGGCCAAGAAGGAACGCUGGAGCAGGUUUGCGGAGCUGUGGGAAGGCCUCAUUCCGCCUUCACAGGAUAUUGGGAGCACUGACGAGAGACUCAACUACGUCCGAUCACUGGCCAAGGACGUUGGGCUGGAAUUGAGGAGCUGCGAGAUGGCUCACAUCUAUCUCCCCAUGCAGCAGUGGUCGGGAAUGCUGACUGCAUUGAUACCAGGAAAUAAGACACUAACUGCUGAAGAAAGACACGUUUUGGUCCAAGACGCAAACGAAGAAUUGCAUAACUGGCUACAAGGACGGCAAAACCCGCUCUUGGCUGACAACUAUGUAAUCCACGGGAUAAAGCCGAUGACACGGCGCACAUAAAUACGGUUCAGCAAUUCCGACA